CUCAAUACGCAAACCCAACUUCGUGUCUCUGUCUUUCAUCAAACGCUAUACAGAGCAAAGCUCAAGCUUAGCCAUGGCGAACGAAACCGAGCCAGCGAAGCUUCUGUUACCUUACCUACAACGAGCUGAUGAGUUACAAAAACACGAGCCUCUCGUUGCUUACUAUUGUAAGUUCCUCCAAGUCGAUUAUAUGCGUGGAAAGAGGGUUGAGGAUUCCUCAGAACGAGCGACCAAUACCACCAAUUCUCUCCUUAUCUCUCUCAUGAACCAGCUUGAAAAGGAUAAGAAGUCAUUGAAGUUGGGGCCUGAAGACAAUUUGUAUCUAGAGGGAUUUGCUUUGAAUGUUUUUGCUAAGGCAGACAAGCAAGAUCGUGCUGGACGAGCAGACUUGAAUACUGCAAAAACGUUUUAUGCGGCAAGCAUUUUCUUUGAGAUUAUAAAUCAGUUUGGUGUGCUUCAGCCCGAUCUUGAGCAGAAACAGAAGUAUGCAGCCUGGAAAGCUGCAGAUAUAAGGAAAGCCUUGAAGGAAGGAAAGAAGCCAAUCCCAGGUCCUCCUGGUGGGGGUGAAGAUUUAUCAAUUCCACCAAUUACACCUAGUAGCUCAUAUGAUUUCCAAACACGUGAAAUUACAGCUACUGGUCCUGCAUCAGAUUCCGCUCCGUCACCACAGUUCCCUGAUAGCCAUUAUUCUACAAAUGUUCCACCGCCGCCCCAGUUCCAUGAUAAGGUUAAUGACCAGCAGUCUGCAGAUAUUCCGCCAUCACCUCCUUCCCAUGAUUUUCAUCCACCACCUCCAUUGAGUAGAUCUGAAAGUUCUACAUAUUCUAACCCUACUGCUGGCUACCCUUCCCAUGAUUAUCCUCCACCGCCUCCAGUAAACAGAUCAGAGAGUUCUAUGUUUUCUCAGCCUUACCACCACCAAUCUUACCAACAGGAGCCCCAGCAGCAUUUGCCCCAUAGUUACCCUUCUCAUGACUCUGCAUUCAACUAUCCAAAUUUCCAGUCUUAUCCGAGUUUUACUGAGAGCAGUCUCCCAUCAGUACCGUCUCAUUAUCCUUCUUACUAUCAAGGCUCUGAGACUUCCUACUCUUCCCAUUCAGCUUCUCCCACAACAAGCUACCCCUCAACUUCCCAACACAUUUCAAGCAGCAGAAAUGGUACUAUAUCAGAACCUGCCCCAGCUGCAACUGAAAAAUACCAUUAUAACUGCAAUUACCGGCCUACACCUGAGAAAAUUGCCGAAGCACACAAGGCUGCAAGAUUUGCAGUUGGAGCCUUAGCAUUUGAUGAUGUAUCUGUUGCUGUGGAACACUUAAAAAAAUCUCUUGAGUUGCUGACAAAUCCAUCAGCUGGUCAUUAAGUUUUGUGUUUUUGACUGGGACAGAAUCCAGUGGUGUUCGUCUUUUGUUUUCUAGUUUUGCUAUUUGUUUUUAUUUUGUAAAGGUCAUUGGAUGGUGGAAACUUGCACAGAAGAAUUAUGGUUUACUGUCGUGACACAUCGAUGUGAAUGCAAAUUCUUGAUUUUUCCUUCA